AAUGAAAUAGAUGACAGCUCAGACAAUAAAUAAACCCUAACACCACCAUUUACAUAUUCUCUCCUCUUUUUCUAAUAUUUUCCUUCUUUCUCUCUUCCUCCUUUCUUCCCCUUUCAUAACAAACACUAAGCGCUGCCGCGGCCUCCACAGCUUCCGAUCUCCUCUAUUCGAGAGACAUCCCAUUCUCAAAUCCAAGGCUCCCGCUGUUAAACGGUUCAAAGAGUGGGUCCCUCAAGAUGUUGUCGCAACGGGCGGAAAGUGCAUGAUUUUGAAGUGGGUGAACGCAAAACAAGGUUUCUCUUUUGAGGACAUCGGCAGUGUUUGAAGAGGGGCUUCAAUUGACUUGGCCAUUCAUAUCGACCCAAGAAGCCAUCCUAGUAUAGUGUUAUUCCGAAGGCAUAUGGGCCUGCAAGGUCACCCCUACUCCUGCAAUUGGAUUUCCAGAUGAAGAUCGAUCUUACUCUUCUUUUCCUUUCGAUGCUCAAUGAAUAGCUGGCUCUGCCUGGUGCUAGAAAAAAGAGGAACCCUAGACCCUGCGGUUGCUGUUGCGGUUUGCUAGGAAAGGAAAUAAAUGGGAAGGAAAAUGGAAUGGGCAGGUAAGGAGAAGCACAUGAGAGGAAUACCUAGGAAGCUGGUGUUUCUGGCAGUGGGGGCAUUCGCCAAGGCAGUAGCAACUCUUCUCAACACCACCUCCGUUCAUAAUGCUGAUACCCUCAUUCGUCUUGUGCGCUCUCGACUCCCUGGCAUACCACUUCUCACUGUUAGCAAUCACAUGUCUACCUUGGAUGAUCCACUUCUUUGGGGGUUCAAAGGUUUCCCCUCCUUGGAUGCCAAUUUGGCACGAUGGGUACUUUCUGCUGAAGACAUUUGUUUUAAGAAUUAUGCACUCACUUAUUUUUUUAGACUCGGUAAGUGCAUACCUAUUACAAGGGGUGCUGGAAUUUAUCAGGAACACAUGAAUGAAGCUCUUCAAUGUUUAAACAAUGGAGCCUGGCUACAUACAUUUCCUGAAGGUAAAGUAUCCCAAGAAGAUGCACCUAUAAGACGAUUAAAAUGGGGAACGGCUAGUCUGAUUGUUCGUGCCCAUGUGACUCCUAUAGUUCUUCCUAUGGUUCAUAGUGGGUUUGAAGAGGUGAUGCCGGAGAAGUUUUUUCUUGACAGAAGGCCUCCUUUUCCAUUAUGCAAUAAGAAAAUAAAAAUUAUGAUUGGACAGCCUCUAGAAUUUGAUAUUCCUAAAAUGAGGCAGUUGGCAAUUUCAAAGUCUCGUGGUGAUCAUCUGUUUUCUUCAACAACGUCUAGAGGAUGGCCCGUUAUCUCCUCUCAUGGAUUAGAUUUGGAUGAAGCAGCGCAGAGAUGCCUCUACUCAACUAUUUCACAGCAAAUACAAACUGUCAUGGAGGAGUUACGAAGUUUAGCUAAAAGUUCCUAAAAUAGAUUUUUCUUAAGUUUGCAAUGGAGGAGCAAAUACAAAAGUUUGGAUAGUUGUCCCUGCAAUGGAGGAGCAAAUACAAAAGUUUGGAUAGUUGUCCCAGUUGUGGAUUUUAUUUUUUAAAGUUUGGCUAUUGAAUUUAAAGAUUAUUUUUCUUGGUAGGACAGAUCUAAUUGAUUUGGCGCUAGAGGGUUCUUGUUUUGGUUCUACUUCUUGGUUGGUUUCAAUUUGAAAAUUUCUGUAAUCCUUCAUUCAA